GCGGAAUGCUUUUUGGGUUGCGCUGCCAGAAAAUUGAAAGCGUAGCUUUGUGUCUUUGUCACUGCGGUGGUCGUUCGUUGGUCUAUCUGCUUUUAACACUUAUACGUAUACACACUACUUGCCCCAAUCAUGAAAUUAGUGAGAUUUUUAAUGAAACUGAAUAACGAGACGGUUACCGUCGAGUUGAAAAACGGCACAGUUGUUCACGGCACGAUCACUGGUGUCGACAUGAGCAUGAACACACACUUGAAGACGGUCAAGAUGACUGUAAAGAACCGAGACCCUACUAGUUUGGAUUCACUUAGCAUUCGAGGAAACAACAUUCGAUGCGUUAUUCUUCCUGACAGUUUACCGCUCGACACACUGCUUAUUGACGAUUCACCAAAGUCCAAGGGCAAGAAGAAAGAAGCACCCGCGGCUCGCGGACGUGGACGUGGUAUUCGUGGUGGUGGUGGCGGUGGCGGCGGUGGUCGUGGAGGAAGAGGCAGAGGCAGGCGUUAAAAAAAAGAAAUAUAUUCAUACGUAUAUUUUUUAUAUUUGCAACCAAAACGAAGCAAACCAAUAAAACACACACAUCCUCAACCAGUUUUCUCCUCUCAACAAUACACAACCGCAACAACAGCAGUAGUUCCCUCACCAUGAACACCGAUAACACUUUGAUUUAUAUUAAAAACAAGGUAGAAAAGAUAAAGACUUUUCAUUUUUAGACAAGCUGCGGCUGCUACUGGUGUUCAAGAGGAAGAGAGAAAGAGAGAGAGAGAAGGAAGGAGUGAUGGGAGCUGCAUCUACUAUCU